AUGCCGCUACCAAGAUCAGCCGCCCUCCGGGGCACUUUCCGGUCCUUUUCUCUCAGACGCGCGGGAACCCAAGCUCGAACCAGUCUCCAAGGAGUUGGACGGAGGACUUAUGCCACUGAACAUGGUGCACAAAAGAGCAGCGAUCUUCCCUGGCUAAUCGGUUCCCUUGUCGUUACGAUCCCGGCCGCGGGUUGGUUAUUGCAGCAAGGACCUCAAAAGUCUGAACACGGCCACGAAUCACAUCCUACAGAGAAACAUGAGGCAGCUCCUUCCGAGGAGCCCAAGGAGGAGCCAAAAGAAGAGCCCAAAGAAGAGGAAGAACCACCAAAAGAAGACACAGAAAGCAAGGAGGAAUCAGGAAAGGAGGAAGAGAGUCAGGAUGAAGGCAAGGAAGAGUCCUCCGACGAGGGUGGCGACAAGGAUCCAACCCCCAAGGGCACCGCGAAGCCCGUCGAUCAAACUAAAAACUCUGAAGAAAAAGGUGCCAAAGACGUAAGUCGACCUGCAGGUGACUGUCUCGGGUCUUGGCUUGCUAACUACUCCCAGGCCCAAGGCGAUGUUUCCGGAGCAAACAAUCCCUUCAUGGGUGAUGAAGAAAGAAGCAAGAAACCUGAGGGUAUGGCUGCGACGGCCAAGCUUCACGGUACUGUGGACACUUCGAAGCGGCCCACUAAAGGCCAUCACGAGCCGGGUCAGAAGGACGACUGA